UACUUCAGAAUUGUUGCAACUACCUUAGCCUGUUUCAAUAUUUCACAACCAACUUUUCCACGUUCUAGGCUCAGUUGUUCCACGCGUAUCGACGAAUCAACAGCUACCUUCCCCGUGAUGUACAGAAGAUACAAGAAAUUCGAGUGAAGUCUGUGCACUAAGUUAAUUAGCCGCGUUGGGAAAAAUCCCGAUCGAACGAACGAAAAGCCCGCCCCAGCAUCAACGGUUUCUUAUCCAUUAGUGAGAUAAUCAAUCAGUUGUGGUCCAGGUGUGCUUGCAGCGGCGGUGGUUUCUAGUGUUACUAAUCGGGCGACAAUUAAUAAAAGCAGCAGUGGGACACUUCGGAGCAGACAUUACCUUCCGAAAGCUUCGAAAUCGAGGAGCUCAUCUGUCGCUUGGAGUAAUUGUGUGUACCAUUUCAUCAGGAUGGAUUUUGACGAGUAUCGCGUUAGAGGCAAGGAAAUGGUCGAUUACAUCGCCGACUAUCUGCAAAACAUCCGAGAGCGGCGGGUUUUCCCGGACGUGAAGCCCGGCUACAUGCGGAAUCUGAUGCCGGAUGCGGCACCCGUCGAGGGUGAACCCUGGCAGGCAAUCAUUGACGACGUCGAGCGGGUCAUUAUGCCGGGUGUAACCCACUGGCAGAGUCCCCAUAUGCAUGCAUACUUUCCGGCGCUCAACUCUUUCCCGUCCAUGAUUGGCGACAUGUUGGCCGAUGCUAUAAAUUGUCUUGGAUUCACUUGGGCUUCCUCCCCCGCAUGUACCGAGCUGGAAUCGAUCGUAAUGAACUGGUUGGGGAAGAUGAUUGGCCUGCCGGACGAGUUCCUACACAUGCCAGGAAUCAGCAAGGGUGGUGGGGUGAUCCAAACCACGGCCAGCGAGUCGACGAUGGUGUGUCUGCUGGCCGGGCGGACCCUGGCCAUCAGGAAAUUCCACGAGCACACACCGGGCCUGCAGGAUGCUGAAAUCAACGCCAGACUGGUGGCGUACUGCUCGGAUCAGGCUCACUCCAGCGUCGAGAAGGCCGCCCUAAUCGGAUUGGUGCGGAUGCGUUUCAUCGAGUCUGAUGACAAUCUCUCGAUGGGGGGUCGCGCUCUGGAGGAAGCUAUAGAGGAGGACAUCAAGCAGGGGCUGAUUCCGUUCUGGGUCUGCGCCACUCUCGGCACCACCGGAGCCAGCUCGUUCGAUAAUUUGGCGGAAAUUGGAGACGUCUGUCAGAAGUACAAACUAUGGCUGCAUGCCGAUGCAGCGUACGCUGGAAGUGCAUUCAUCUGUCCGGAGUUCCGAGUUUGGCUGAAGGGGAUUGAGAAAGCUGAUUCCAUUGCAUUCAACCCAUCGAAAUGGCUGAUGGUACAUUUCGAUUGUACAGCGAUGUGGGUUAAGAACAGUGGAGCCCUUCACAGAACAUUCAAUGUAGAACCUCUGUAUCUGCAACAUGAGAACUCUGGCCUGGCAAUCGAUUACAUGCAUUGGCAAAUUCCACUGAGCAAGCGCUUCCGCGCUUUAAAACUUUGGUUCGUCCUACGUAGUUUCGGCAUCAAAGGUCUCCAGAAGCACAUUCGCGAAGGCGUUCGUUUAGCACAAAAAUUCGAAGCCCUAGUUUUGGCCGACAAUCGUUUCGAGAUUCCUGCCGCAAGGCAUCUCGGCAUGGUGGUAUUCCGUCUCAAAGGUGAGAACGAUCUGACCGAGAAGUUGUUGAAAAGGCUCAACCAUCGCGGGAAUCUUCACGCCGUUCCGGCUUCGUUGAAGGGCAAAUAUGUGAUCCGUUUUACGAUCACCUCAACGUACACCACAAACGAGGAUCUUCUCAAAGACUGGAACGAGAUUCGCACUGUAGCGGAUGAACUGUUGAAAGAGAUGGACAUUAAGUUUGUGGACAGGUCGAGAGUGGCUCUGAAAGAUACACGCGAGAAGAACGAAGCCUUUGGCUCUAGUCUGCUGCUCGCCAACUCCCCAAUGUCACCAAAGAUUGUGAAUGGAUCAUUCGCGGCGAUUUUCGAUGCGGACGAGUUUCUGGCCAAAGUGUACGCUGGAAUAAGGAUUUCGAACCAAGACUCGCCGGCCAUGAGACGCCGCGUGAGGGGAAUCCUUAUGUCUGGCAAACAAUUUUCGCUCGACUCCCGAAUGGAUCUCGUGGUUCACGGCAUUAGUCCGAACGAGGUCAAAAACGGUAUCCAAUCCAAGGCCAUCACAGAAGACUGUGAAGAGGUUUGGGAAGCUUGUGAGCAGAUGGAAAUUCAAGAUCAAGAUGCUCUCUACGAGAGUCUCGACAGUCCGUUCCUGCUUCCAAUACCGAUGCCCUGCCCGACGCCUCCUCCAAGUCCCCGUCGCCAGCUGCGCUCUCGAAGUGUGGAUGUCGGCAUAGUUCAUACCCAGAAUAGUGCCAACACGUUGCUGAACCUGCUAAGUAAACAAUCCGAAAUGUGCUGUAAAUCGGAACCAUUCACUUCAAUCGAUUCGUUGGAUCGAAUUCCGUCACCUUUCUCGCUUUCUCCGAACGCCAACUCCACCAGAGCGUCAUUCGAAUCCAACUUGUCUUCGAUUGAUGAGAACAGUUCGAUCGAAAACUUCAAACAAGGACCCAGCUCCAAACGACGCUGCUCCGAUAAUAGCCAUCUGUUUUCGCUCAAUAAACCGAACGUUUUCCCGGAAAAACGUCAAUCGGAACCCACCAUCCGGUACGCGUUCUACAAUAAAAGUUUCGACUUCCUCUGCCCAAAGCAACCUACAAAACGGGUGUUGUCCCAGAAUGACAUCUCGAAACGCACCUUCCGGCGGCAAAUUUCCACUAUCCAAGAAUUUACGGCGGACGAAGCCUUGUACGACGUGGAGCACAAUUGGCAGAAACCGACCUUGAAGAAUGUACAAAAAUUCCAGUGUAAUAUUUUCAGCGAAGAUGGACGAUGUAUUCAUUUAGAUCCGGUCAAUCAUAAUCGUGACGUGGAGUUAGACGAGUAUGGUCCUAUUGAUCUGGAUGGUAACGAGCAACACUUGGACAAAGUAGUGGAGAUGAUGACGGAGCAAUCCCGCGAUAGUUAUUGUGAUGAUGAGAUUAUUUACGAGAAUGUUAAAGUGUGUCGAAAAUGUGGACAUCAUACAGUAAAUUUAUAAUAUCAAGCCCAAUUCCAACAAUACUUCUAUAUACGUGAUACAAAUAUAAAUACUAUUCAUGUAAAAUAUAUUCAGGAAGUAUGUAUUCACGUUAGUUAAAUCGCAUCCAGGGUUGUUGUUAGCAGAGAUUGAUAUUCUAGACAAUCGGUGAGAGCUAUGAUUAGUUCAACAAAUUUAUAUUUCUGUUGCAUACGCUCCGGAGUUCGCAUUUCGUCCCCCACAAACGUACAAUGAAUUAUAUAAAAAUAAUUUUCAAAUGUUGAGGUCGAAAUCGUCAAUUCACCUGAACACAUUUCAUUGUAAAGUUCAAGUCACUUUAAUAGAUAUCAAAUAAUCAUGAAAUAUAAAUAUAGAAAACAACCAGUAAGAUCAUCAUGGAACAUUUGCUAUUAUUCCGAUCCGAGAAUCUAUUACACAAAUCUUCAAAAACUAUCUGCUGUGCAUGUCAAUAAAUAUGAAGCAAAACCUUUGCAAAUAGCUCCGUUCAUUCGAUGGCAGCUGCUGAACAAUUUCGCAUUUGUGUUUUUACAGUAGUAGGAAAUGUUAGCUAAAUAUAAUGUAGUCGAUCAGCAUGACACGUAAAGUAAGAAAGUAACCGCUCCCCAAAAAUGUUUAGCAAUCAUUCGUGCAGAAAAAUAUAUAAAUAAAUAAGUAUUACUGUUCGUGAAAAACAAAACUUCCUAAUUGCUCGUAGUGCAUCCGUGCCAAGAAAGUAACAAAUCGUAACCAAUUAUAGUACAUGAGUAAAAAGUCA